CGCUUUCCUUGAUUUCUGAUAAUUGAAGACAGGUGUUCCUACGCGCCUGCGCAGUUCUGGAGAGCUGAGCUGAUUGUUUAAAAUUCAACUUCUGAAUUUAAAAUGUUAAGAGAAAUACGGCAGGUGCUGAGGCUAAUCCAGCUGAUGGGAAAACAAAGGAAACGAUCUAGUUUAAAGAAUACUGGAGCACUUUUAGUGCUUUUAUGGACCGAAAAGGGCUCGUCCCAUCAGAGGAUAAACUGCACUGUUGCAACUGCUGGUUCCUGGUGUUUUGGAAUUGCAAUGCACACCCUUCAAGCUGAUCUGAAAAAGGUCCUGCUUCCCGGAGCGUGGCCUUGUCCUGAGCCCGAUCCCGAGGAGCUGAGCGCCUUCACAGAUCUGUACGGAUCACUGAAGUUCCUGCUGAAUUUUCAGAUGAAAAAUCCAGGACUUUACUCAUCCAAAUGGCAGGCUCAUGUUAAAGCGUUUCUUCAGACGUUCGGUUUGACCAAUGCCGGGAUAAGAAUCCAACUAAAAUUUAAAAUCCAUGGACAGAAAUCACAACAUGACUUUAGCGCUUUCCUCAUAAGUAAAGUUGCUCUUUCAGUCCGACCACCUCUGAUCUUGGACGUCACUUGUUCUGCACAACCAUGGUGCGAUCAGAGAGGAUCGUGGUGUCAGAAAGGACAUCCUGUUGUCGGAGAACGGUUUCCUCUCAGCAUCCCACCCAAAGCCAUGGACCAGGGCCUGUUCGGAGAGCUCAGUGUCCAGAUUGUUACGCUGCUGAGCCCCUGUGUGCUGCAGUACCCCCAUUUGCCUACGGAGCUAUCUCGCAUGCAAGUUCUGGUUUUCAGCCCCAGUAACAUCCCUGUUUCAGCUCCGUCUGGUUUCUUCCAAACCCUUCCUGUUGCCUUGGACUACCAGCAUCUGGGACUGGACAGAAUGCACUGCCGCUCCUCCAAAGCGUUCCCUGAUGAUCCUGUGCACGGUGAUGGUGUUGUGUUCACUGUGGGGCAGGAAAACUGGGACGAUCCAGAGCAGGAACCCAGUCACCUCCCAGUUCAGCAGAGUCUCCUACUCCUGCUCUUCUUACAGCAUAGUGACCCCUUCACCUCUGAGCUCACAGAUAAAAUGGAUUGUGAAUUGUUGUUAGAGCUCCAUCUAGAGGACAUUCUGAGCAACAACAGGCAGGCCGUCACAUCAGCUCUGCAGGCUGAACUUUUCAACACAAUGAAGGCUUUAAAAGAAAGAAAAAAGAAACGAGAGAAGCUGCAGUCGGCUGCUGAGGUGAUCAUCAGCUCCACCAUCAGCAUAGUGAGCAGCAGCAGCAACAUGGACUUCAGAAGUGCCUGCUUGAAACGCAUGAAGGUUCAUGACACUCACGGGUUAUCAGCCUCCCUCAGAGAGUCCCUGUGGAGGGUGUCGUCAUGGAAACGGCUCCCUAAAGCCGGGUGCUAUUCUGCUCAGCAGGUUGAAGAUCAAGCUGCGAGUAACGAGGCCAUCAGAGCUGAAAUGUGACAAAGUUUUUCUUUUUUUUUAAUUCUGGCCAGGAAUUAAUUAAUUAAUUUAUUUAUUUUCUAAAGAGACAUGUUUGUACUGCGAAUAUUUUGUGUUUCUAGUACUCUAUUAGAAGUAUAUAUUUUACACUAAAGUAUACGUGAAUGUGACUUUUUUUACUGAUUUGAGAUCUAAUUAAUCGCAAUAAAGUUUGGUUUAGACUUUUCUGUGAUGGUGGUUGCUUUAAUAAAUGUAUGCAAAACAUUAUCUGCAGUUGAGGUUAUUUUAGGUUGAAAUAAAGUAGAAAAAAAUAUCAGCAUACCUGCAUAAACUGUUGACCUGAAAGUAAUUCAGCAGAGAAAGUGUCCAUGAUGGGACUGAUCUGAAUAUGCCUGUAGUUCCUGACUUCCACUUGCUUUGGUUUUUUGUUUAUUUUUGUCGAUAAUAAUUGUUGAAAAUAAUUAUAUUAUAAUAUUGCACAAUUAUAUAAGCAAAAACUCUAAUUUCACUUCGCCCAUAUAUAUUAAGGAAUAAUUUAAAAAUACAUACCCAUUAAAAAAAACAUUACAUACAGUCUGUUUUGUUGACUUUUACAUUUGUAAAGUGUGUGAUUUCUUAAUUGAACAAAAACAUAGAAAACUUUGUCACAAAUUGAAGGAGGGAGGGAUUUAAAUCCACUGAUGAAAUAAUGAGAACUUGAGAGCAUCAGGGUCCAGGCAGAGCUGCCCUCACUGUGAUAUAUUUUUUCUUUAUUGAUUAUUGAACAAAGAAAUUGUUUCAGUGAGUCUUUAAAUGUGAACAUAUUUGUACUAAAUUAUGUCAGUUUUUUAUGCUUGAUUUUCUUUCAUCAAAUAUUGUCUGUCUACAUCUAAAAUGUUAGAUGUUAAAUGUAAUCGUUUAAUAGAUUAUUAAUUUUUUUGACCGUUCAUAGAGAACCUAAUGA